UUUUUUUUUACCUCAUCAUACCUACCUGAUGCGCAGAAUGGAUCAACAUCAUCUUUCAAAAUUUCCGUUAUGCAAAAUGAAUGUCAUAUAUCACUUCUUUUUUACAGUAAACGUUUUCAAGGGUCAUGAGAACAGCCUGGAGAUGAGUCAGCUCUAUACCGCCACCUACAGCUGUGAUUUCUUGCUCGCCAUGUUUCCCUUCGACUCCCAGGAAUGCAGUCUGAACUUCACGCUCGUGUCUGCCGCCUCCACCUACAUGGUCUUAGAACCUGGUCUUUCACUCUACAGCGGCCCAACCUUUCUCAUUGAGUACCAGAUCGGGACAACGACCAUAUCCUCCUCGAACGAAGGAGAAUUUUCCGUGAUUCAAGUAAAGGUCCGGUUUUAUCGCCGCUACACCUUCUACCUCCUCACCUUAUACAUCCCAACGGUCCUCCUGAUCCUCAUCGCCUAUGCUACUUUCUUCUUCAACCCGGAUGACUUCAAUUCGCGUGUGGUUGUGGCCGUGACGUCGCUUUUGGUGCUGACGUCACUCCUCACGCAGACAUCAAACGCUCUCCUUAAGACGUCCUACUUCAAGCUAAUAGACAUCUGGCUCUUCGUCUCCAUCGUGAUCAUCUUCUUGGUCAUCUUGCUACAGACGCUCGUUAAUUUCUCCGUUCAGAAGACGCGUUCCAACACCGCCGAUUCGUUCAUUGGGAGACUCGUGAACAGAAUCACAGGACCUCGUGUUCUAGCCUCGAAGAACACCAGAGUCAUCAACAUAGCAGGUCCUCCACGUAGCUCCUCCUCGAUCGUCUGGGGUGACGAAGUGAGCAAGACCAGCACGAGGACGAUUCGAGGGGGACAAGAGGAAGGGAAGAAGACACGCGACACGGCAGACCUCAAGGACGAGGGACCUGACGGGGUUAAUAUGGCCUUGAUGGUGAAGAGCAGGAUAGUGGUUCCUCUCAUCUAUCUGGUCUUCAACCUGUGCUAUUGGGGCGUUGCUUUCAGGCAGAUUUUCAUGGAGAGAAGUAGUGAGUAAGCAUCACACGGGUUGUUAAAACGAGGUCGACUGCAGCAACGGGACUAAUGCGCCUAAUAUCAGGACAAGAUAGUAAUAACUGGCAACUCGCACGCUGACUCUGGAGUAUUUCGAUUCAUUAAUUUUGUAUUAUUCUAAUUAGCAGACACAUUAUACUGAAGUUGACACAUUUCCAGAUUUU